AUGGCCCCUAUUCGACUCGGUGUUAUAGGACUCUCCUCGGGAGGUUGGGCAGCGGGAGCACUCGUCCCUCCACUCCUUCAUCCACUUCUCUCCGAAAAGUACACGAUCACUGCGCUAUGCACCUCAUCUCAAGUGUCGGCCCUCUCAGCUUCCGAAAAGUACUCCAAAGAAUUUGGACACGAGAUCAAGGCCUACUAUGGUCCAGAAGGUCCUGAGAAAAUUGCGAAGGAUCCGAACGUGGACAUGGUGACGGUGAGCGUGAAGAUGCCCAUGCAUUUCAAGCUCAUCGCUCCUGCUAUUGACGCGGGUAAAGAUGUGUUUGUGGAAUGGACGCCCGGAAAUGGGCUCGCUGAAACACUGAAGAUCUCGGAGUUGGUGAAGAAGAAGGGCGUGCGAUGCCUCGUAGGAGGGCAGGGCAACCAGAGUGCAUCGGUCAGAAAGGUCAAGGAACUUCUUGAAGCCGGCAAAAUCGGCCGCGUCAUCUCAACCUCAGUGGUAUUCAGUGCCGGGCCCGGGGAAGCUAAGUUCUGGGGCCCCUUCGUCAAUGCCAAUCAUGCGUACGCCGCGGACGUUAACAAUGGUGCUACUCCGCUGAGUAUCUCAAUUGGCCACCUUAUAAUCGCCCUAACUGAGGCCCUGGGUGAUUUCACUGAGGUCACUGCAGCCGGUACAAUCCGUUAUCCUGAUGUCGUCCUCGUCGACAACGAGGGAAACCCUACUGGCCAAUCUUUCCCAAACACCGUACACGACCAGAUCUCUCUCUCCGGUCUCUUAACUGGCAAACCUUACGCCGAGGGCGCAUUUGUGAAUAUCCACUGCCGCUCUAGCCUCCCCCACCGCGGUGACAAAGCCAAGGGACGUACCCUUUUCCGCUGGAUCAUCGAUGGUGAGGAUGGUGUCAUCGAGCUCGAACACAGAGAGCAAGAUGGGGAGCUAGGUUGCUUCAUCUCCAUGCACGAGAAGAGGGUACUGUUGAAGGGCGAAGAAGUGCCAUUAGAAGAGACCGAGUUGGACAAGUUGGGGAAUACAGCCAAGGCGUGGUUCGAGUUUGCUAAAGGUGACGGUGGGAAGUAUACCACUAUCGAUGAUGCCGUGAGGCUCCACCGUGUUCUUGACGCUGCUUUGACAAGUAUACGUGAGGGGAGGAAGAUCACACUCACCUGAGCGAGUGAGUGCGAUGAAAUGAAGUGUCAUAUCCAUUUGCCUCGUUAUAUCUUCAGAAGUAAGUGAUUUUCCCAAUGCUGUAUUGGAGAUGACAGCCUGAUCUAUUUUCUUCCAUUAUUACCAAGAUAUCGUGACUGCACUGAAGCGUGUAUACCUACGAAUCUCGUUAUGAACCAAGUCAUGUCUGUCAAGUUCGUAAGAAAAUAUAUUGACGUAUAGGAU